CAUACACAUAUACAUACAGAUAAGGACGAAAUUUUUACUUUCCUCUCUAUUCUAUAUAUACCUCUCUCUCAUUUUAUCUUCUCAUAUCUCACAGCCGUCUGUGACACCUCUGUUUCGAUUUCUGAAAGUGUUUCUUGAUCUGGGUUUUUCUGUUUUUGCUUUUGAAUUGAAGAAAUGGGUGGCGUUGCACAUUUAGUGUUUGGAGUCUUUGGAAAUGCUAAUGGGCUGUUGUUGUUUUUGGCACCCACGAUAACAUUUAAGAGGAUUAUCAUGAACAAAUCCACAGAGCGAUUCUCAGGCAUUCCGUACGUCAUGACAUUGCUCAACUGCUUGCUUUCUGCUUGGUAUGGUCUGCCUUUUGUUUCACCACACAACCUCCUAGUGACAACCAUCAAUGUCACUGGUGCAGCAAUUGAGUCCAUCUAUGUGUUGAUUUUCCUCAUUCUUUCACCAAGGAGAGAGAAGGGAAAGAUCCUUGGACUUCUUACCGUUGUCCUUGCGAUAUUCGCGGCGGUUGCCCUCAUUUCCUAUUUUGCCCUUCAUGGCAGAAACCGAACUAUUUUUUGCGGUCUAGCUGCCUCGAUCUUCUCCAUCAUCAUGUACGCGUCGCCUCUAUCAAUCAUGAGAACGGUGAUAAGAACGAAAAGUGUGGAGUACAUGCCAUUUUUCUUGUCGCUGUUUGUGUUCUUAUGCGGUACUUGCUGGUUCCUCUAUGGACUGCUUGGAAAGGACCCUUUCAUUGCUGUGCCUAACGGUUUUGGAUCCGGGUUAGGAACAGUGCAGCUGAUCUUGUAUGCGAUUUACCACAACAAGAAGGGUGAAACCAAGAAACCUAGUGUUGAUGGAUCGGUGGAGAUGGAGCUGGCUAAGCCCCAGCAAUCACAAAACGGGCAUGUCUAGAUGACCACGUGUCAACUGCAUUUGGUAGACAAUUGCAUCCAGUUUCCCCUUCUUUCAACUUUACUCCCUCCCCUUGUUAUGUUUUUCUCUGGUUUUAGAAUUUUAGCUUCCCUAAUAUAUCAUGGUUCUGUUUCUGUAAAUCCCCAAGGGUUGGCCUAGUGGUGUAGGCUUGGGGUUUAGGAACUUGCUCCUCUCUAAGUUUUAGGUUCGAAACUCUUAGGUAUUAUCAAUCCUUGUGUUGGGUCAGUUCAUACAGAAUUCUGCUCUGAUUUUAAUUGGGCCUCUGCUAGUAGACGGUGGAAUUGAUCUCUCAGAUAUUAAUUGAGGUGCGUGUAAGCUGACUCAGAUACCUGAGAUAUCAAAAAAGAAAAGAGAAAAAAAUGGUUCUGUUUCUGUAGCUUUGGACCAUACUAGUUUGACCAUGCCAAUUAUUAGGCCAUAUUGCUAUACAAAACAAAAAAAUAAAAAAUAAAAAUGCUGAAUUUGGAUGCAUGUA